AUGAGUGCUGUAGGAGGCCAUUAUCAACUUGGCUCGGAAGUAGAUAUGCAAUCAGGACCGAUAUUCAUAAUUUGCGCUAUGGUGCGUGACACAGUAGAACAUCAUCGGCAGCUUUGGACAGCUUGGGCAGUGAUUGCAUUCUGUUUGACAGCAUUUCUAGCAUCUGUGCCACGGUCCAUAACGAACUUUGGCCGUGAAUGGGAGAAGGUUAUCGCAUCUUUCCAUCAAUAUAUCGUAUUUUUUGUCAUAGCAAUGAUGAUUGUUGCUUUUGUGCUGGUUUAUGGUGAGAUUGAAAUAGCCAUUUAA